AUCACCUUCAACUGGGACUUCGGGGACGAGAGUGGAGCCCUGAUCUCCAGAGAGCUGACCGUCACACACACCUACAUCAACUCCGGAUCCUACAAACCUCAGGUGGUGAUCCAGGCUGUUAUCCCUGAUAAGGCCUGCGACCCACCAGUGGACCCCCCAACGAAGGCCCCCGGUCCGCCCACUCACCAAGGCACCACAGUGAAAGCUCCUGCUCUGGCCUCUGCCGUCCCCAUACUGGUUUCCACACAAGCAACUGGUCUGACUGUCAACAUGGUUCCUUCGGACACAGAGGAGGACAACACUGAGGACGAGGCCUCCUCUGCCCCCAACACUGUGCCUGCCCAAGAGACUCCCACAGUGGCCAAGACUCCCUCCCUCAUCAACCCUGACACCGAGGCCGAGACAGGUGCAAAGCAAACAGUGACACUGACAGGCCAAGCUACAGUGGUACUCGUUGCUAAGAGGGACGCUGAUGAUAAACCGUCUGACGAUGACUGUGUGAUUUAUCGUUACGGCUCCUUCUGCACCGGCAUCGAAGUGUUUGAGGGCAUUGAAAAAGUAGAGAUAGUGCAAAUGGACAACGCUGUGAUUGCAACACCUGACAUGGACAAAAAUGUUUUGGACGUCACUGUCACCUGCCAGGGAAGUUUUCCAAAAGAAGUGUGCAGCGUGAUCCUGGAUGCAGAGUGCUUGAAGCCGAUUCACACGGCGUGCAACAUGGUGGAGCCGUCCAAAGAGUGCCAGCUGGUGCUGCGUCACUUCUUUAAUGACUCUGGUGUCUAUUGCAUCAACGUGUCCAUGGCCAACGACGUCAGUUUAGCUGCCACCAGUGCCAAAGUCAACGUCGACAAAGGUUCAGGUCUGUCCUCUCCUGGCACCAUUGCCAUGGUGAUGGGGGUCCUGGUUCUCGUUCUGGCUGUAGGAGUUGUGGCAUAUUCCUACAA